UAGGACAGGAGGUUGAUUAUGGGUCUUCAGGAUCUCUUCAUACAGAAGAAUGUCACUGGGAUGGACCAACACCCAGCUGACCAGGGCUGGACCAUGUGGCUUCUUUGAAGGUACACCGCAGGACUCCGAUUUCAUGGGUGUAAUGGCAGAAGAAGAGUCCUGACUUAGCAAGAAGCUCAAGUAAAGAAUUUUAUGGGACCAGGGACUCCUCUGAGGGAGGCAAAUGACAGACGGAUGGAGAGGGCGUCUGAAAACCAGUGAAGAAGUACAAAGAAGAAACAUGUUACAUACUGUGUCCACACCCUCUGCAGAAGGGUUAUAAAUUCUCACCAGAGGAAGAAGACCUAGAGCUCCGAGGCUUGGAGAAUCCACUCUUGUGUCUUCAGCCAGGCACCUCACUCCCUCCAGCACCAUGCCAUACAACUGCUGCCUGCCCACCAUGAGCUGCCGCACCAGCUGCUCCUCCCGGCCCUGCGUGCCCAACAGCUGCCACGGCUGCACCCUGCCCGGGGCCUGCAACAUCCCUGCCAAUGUGGGCAACUGCAAUUGGUUCUGUGAGGGCUCCUUCAAUGGCAAUGAGAAGGAGACCAUGCAGUUCCUGAAUGACCGCCUGGCCAGCUACCUGGAGAAGGUGAGGCAGCUGGAGAGAGAGAAUGCAGAGCUGGAGUGUCGGAUCCAGGAGAGGAACCAGCAGCAGGACCCUCUGGUGUGCCCUGCCUACCAGGCCUACUUCAGGACCAUUGAGGAGCUGCAGCAGAAGAUCCUGUGCAGCAAGUCUGAGAAUGCUAGGUUGGUGGUGCAGAUAGAUAAUGCCAAGCUGGCUGCAGAUGACUUCAGGACUAAGUAUGAGACAGAGCUGUCGCUGCGGCAGCUGGUGGAGUCGGAUAUCAACGGCCUGCGCAGGAUCCUGGACGAGCUGACUCUGUGCAAGUCUGACCUGGAGGCGCAGGUGGAGUCCCUGAAGGAGGAGCUGCUGUGUCUCAAGAGGAACCAUGAGGAGGAAGUCAACACCCUGCGCUGCCAGCUUGGAGACCGCCUCAACGUGGAGGUGGAUGCCGCUCCCACUGUGGACCUGAACCGUGUGCUCAAUGAGACCAGGUGUCAGUAUGAGGCCCUGGUAGAAACGAACCGCAGAGAAGUGGAGGAAUGGUUCACCACACAGCUGAGACGCACAGUCAACGCCCUGGAGAUCGAGCUGCAGGCCCAGCACAACCUGAGAAACUCUCUGGAAAACACACUGACAGAGAGUGAGGCUCGCUACAGCUCCCAGCUGUCCCAGGUGCAGUGUCUGAUCACCAACGUGGAGUCCCAGCUUGGUGAGAUCCGGGCUGACCUGGAGCGUCAGAACCAGGAGUACCAGGUGCUGCUGGACAUCCGGGCCCGGCUGGAGUGUGAGAUCAACACGUACCGGGGUCUGCUGGAGAGCGAGGACUGCAAGCUACCCUGCAAUCCGUGUGCCACAACUAACGCAUGCGGCAAGCCCAUCGGGCCCUGCGUCUCCAACCCUUGCACGCCAUGCCCACCCCCUGCCCCGUGCACACCUUGUGUCCCCCGCCCCCGCUGUGGGCCAUGCAACUCCUUUGUGCGCUAGGACCUGGGCGAUGCCCAAGGGGACAGGACACAGGGCUUAGGGCUCCAGAUCUCUGACCCAGUUCUGGUUCGUGCCACAAAACAGGCAUCAAAACACAAAAUGAGUAGCCAGCCCAGCCCUGGGAUGACAGCCCCAGAAACUGUGUCUUCAGCUACCACACCCUUCUCCAGACCAUUCUCUGUCUGCCUUUUCCUUCAGAAGGACCUGACUCUCCCUUGGCUUGCCCAGAGGACUCUGAAGUGCGGGUGGCCCUCCCUUGUAAUCUCACAAUAAACGUUUUCCUGUC